UUGUCCGACUUUGUUGCUCUCCUGCCCCGCUAGCUUGGCUCCAGUCUCUCCGGGGUGCCGAAGAUUAACUCGACAAAGUACCAACCAUGGAAGGCGACAACAUAAUAAUGCCCAUUUGACUCGGGGACAUAUUUCAAGAUGCCAGGCCUUUUGUCCAGUCCUGUGUUUCUGACAGUCAUCUGGUUUUUAUCUUGGUCACUGCACUGCAGCAGCGCUCAGAUUCAGUCUGAUGAAGUGUCGGGAAUACAGUAUGAGCACCUGGACUCAAAUGUGAAACUGGCAUGUGGGACGUCACAAAUCACGAUACCUGUGGUAUGGCAUCACAACCACAGCUCAGCAUUACCAUGGCACACAGUGACAUCAGAUGGAACCUUAACACUGCUGCACGUGAACCACUCUGCCCAGGGCAAUUACAGCUGCUAUGACAACAAGGGGCUCCUCCUCCACUCUGUUAACCUCAGGCUGGGACGUCCCCCUGGGCUACUGAGCAUUUCCUGUCAAGUGCCCAAUCACACACAUGUUCGCUGCUCCUGGAUGGAAGCUGUCAAGACCUUUCUGCCAGCCAAGUACAACGCCUCCUUCAGGGGGAAUGGUCAGGAGUGGAGGCCAUGUAUUGUGGAUAUCACCCAGAGGCACUGUGAUGUGUAUGACCCUGCCUUCUGGCAGACUAUCCAUACCCUGAGAGUGACUGAGGCCAAUGCCCUUGGAUCUGAAACAACAUAUGUCCGGUUUAGGCUACAUGAGCUUUUGAAACCAGACCCUCCAGAGUCCUUGUUAGUGAAGGAGCUAGAAGGCCAUCCAAAGAGACUUAAUGUCUCAUGGAACUUCCCGUCUUCAUGGCCGCUUCAUGACGCUUUUCCCCUUGUAUUUCAUAUCAGAUACAGACCGCAUGGUUCUUUAUACUGGUCUGAGAUUUACACUGAAGAGAGUCCAGCCAUAAUUUUAGAUGCUCUGGCUGGCCAUCUCCACCAAGUCCAGGUUCGAGCCCAUGAUGAGGUGAACUCUGAAAGCCAAUGGAGUGAAUGGACACCUCUGUUUCUCAUCAAACCCUGGGAAGGUUACCCUACCCCUAAACCUGAUGAGGAGGAAACAUUCCCAGACUAUGUCAUCCCCUUCAUCACAAAACCUGAAACCUCCUCUGCAAAGUCACCCAAGCCUGGACUUGAGGAUGAGGGUAAUUUGGGUUUGGUGAUUCUGCUGGUUUUGUUCUCCGUGGUCAUCCUCACCACCGUCCUUUCCCUCAUCUUUGUUGUGUGGGUGAGGCAAAGGCGGCGGGAUAAUGUGACCAAACAGGAACUUACCUCAAUGGUCAAGAUGAAGUCCAUGCCAAUUUAACAUUUAUUUUUGGCCUUUAUUGGAUAGGACAGUGGAUAGAGUCGGAAACAGGGAAGAGAGCGGGGAGAGACAUGCAGGAAAUAGUGCCACGGGCCGGAUUCGAACCCAGGUCGCCUGCGUAUAUGGCGCGCGCCUUAACCACUCGACUACCAGCGCGACACCAACCUGUCUUUCUUGCUGAGUUUUUUAUUCUUCUCUACUCUUUUCAGGUUAAUUUGAAGCAACUUCUCUUCUUCUCCUCAUCAGCCCGUUGUAGGGCUACUUCCAGAUUGAUUGUACCACUGUUGCAAACUGGCCGUCCGUAUUUAACUACAUUAACCAGAAUGCAUCAGUCAAAGUCCAUCCAGGAUCUAUGAAAUCUGGCGGGAACCCUUAUAAUGGAGUUUGCUGAGUGGAUAUAGGUAACCCAGACCAUUGAAGCUGACUGGAGGGAUAUAUUUGGGAGGAUUACCCUGGACGUAUUCAGAGGUCACAUCGAACUGCACUACCCACAAUAACCAGUCAACUCCAAAAACUGGCUGUUGGGCAGACUCAGUCCUGUUUUCACUUCAGUUCACUUCAGCAAGUUCCAUGCAGUUCGCUCCUUUGGGGACAGUAAGGAGUGACACAGCAUCGGGACAGUUAACUCAGAACCAAUGCUGCUUCAGUCCGACCGACUCCUCUUCUGACAGGAGAUUUUUGUUUAACUUUUAAACUAGUAAGUAACAAGGAAAUACAGAAAGUGCAGCUGCCAAAUAGAGAACACAGGAUUUCUUGGUGCACAGGGGAAAAUUUCUUUUCUUGGACAGCUCAUGUCUCUUCUCCCAAACACAAGUUCCUCUAUUUGUUGAGAUUAAAUCUGAGAAGUAACGCAUUAUUGUGCGUCCGUCGACUGACCGAUUGACUCAAUGCUGUGAAGGAAAAAUAACUUCUGCCAGUGUCUUUCUGUGCAUAUUUUGCAAAUGCAGCAACUAUGGGCAUUAUGGUCUCAAUUAAGAGUACUCUGACCUGAGGGUGGGGGCAUGGAUAAUAAGGUCAACGGCUGGCAGUUUAGGUUAUCAAGAUACAUGUCUAAUCAUUUUUUGUUGCAUGGUUACUUGUUCAGUUUUGUUAUGUCUUUAGUGAAGAUGUACUUUUGUCUCCUUUAUUGUACCUCUUUCUAUCCAUCCAUCCACUAAUCCAGAAAAUGUGUGAAUGAAAGACACACAUAGGUAAAAAGUGAAUAAGAAAGAGUGAUAAGAGGAGAACUGGCCUUUCACAAACUACCAGCACAAAAAUAUUUCACAGUUACAUUAUUAGCAAGACGAUUUAAAGUCAUUACUAUUCAGCUGAUUAGUCUAAACUCUAAAGAAUCCCUAUAACUUCUUUUUAAUCAGUUUUGUUAUAUUACAAUAUGUUAAAAUCUUUUUGAUAGUCAAAAUAUACUGUUUGGCCUAAUAUGUGAGUACUUAAAAUGCAAAACAGUUACCGUGGCAGAAAUAGCUGUUGUAGUCUAUUGAUCUUAAUUUACCUGUUGAUUAUUUUUAGGGAUGCUAUGUUUUCCGUAAAAAAUUUCUAAACUGUAAAGAAGAACCCCUUACAUAACAUUGUUUCUCUCAAAAGCUAAGGAGAGAAAAAAAGCAACGCCUUUCAUCUGUGAUGCUUGGAAUAUAAAGUGGGAUGUAAAAAAAAGUCUUCUAUUGAGUCACUAUCAGCAUCAAACUGUUACAGAUUACUGUUAGAUGCAUUGGUAGUUUAGGGUCGGAUACAGCAGGGAGAGUAAGAGAGCCAAUUGUUCAGUUUUGCCAAUUUGUUAGAUGUUUGGGAAUUUAAAUUAGCUAUAACAUGAUUGUAAUAAUAAAGAUGUAUAAAAGCCAAAUAAAAGUUAGCUAGAUUAAUGCAUAUGAAGCACUUUUCCAACAAAGUAAUUAAAGAAAAAAAUCAUUGUAUGUUUUGGUUCUUUGGGAAACUGCUGUCUUUAGCAGGUCUCACAGAUAUUUUGGGUGUCUGGUGCCUAUUCUGCAAACAUCGAAUGCACAAAACCAUGAUGUGGAAGUAUUUCAGUUCACCAAUUGAUCAGUCAUCUCCUGAAUCUGGGAUUGUGUUGCGAACUUAGGUUUCGUUUGUUGAAGGGAAUGUAAAUGAAAUGAGUACUGUAAAACCAAACAAGUUCAACAUAUUCAAAAUACAUGCUGAAACUGAUCACGUCAAAGUUUUUUUUAGUGGAAAUACAUUUUUGAGUAGAUUCAAGUUAAAAAAAGAUCAUUUACCCCACAAUAGAACUGAAAACAUUUGUGGUAACUCAUUUUUACUCAUACAUUAACAGGGUUAACUUAACUUUUUCAGUUAAACUACACUGUGGAAACUUUCCUAUACUUAAAAAUUCUAUUUUUCUCCAACUUAAAAUGUGUAUUUUUCACAAAGCUAUAUGUUCUUCAUCCACUGCAAUUCUCCCACAUUUUCUACCACAUAAUUUAAUCUUGUCAUUUGAAGUAGGCCAACUUCAGUGAUUACAAGUAACAAUAACUGUACGGUGCAUAAUGAACUAGGAAGUCCUCUUCCAUCAUGUCCAGUAUACCAUCCACAGUGAAUUGUGAUUGCUCCCCACAGGUGAGACAUCUAUAACAGAGUCAGUAACUUCACUCAUGGUUCUAAAGUGUUUAAUGCCCAAAGGCAUUCUGGAAAACCAAGCAGAUUAAGGAAUGAUUGUCAAAUAAUCUGAGUGCAAUUACAAAACACACUUCUAGUAAUUACUUAACAGUUUACUCAGAAUAGUAGAACUGAAAUAGCUGUUUUGGAUUUAAAUGUUAUCACAACUGAGUUUUUUAAACAACCUACAUCUGUUCAGAUCCAAAGUGAAAGAUUAAAAGGUGCACAUUGCCCAGAAAGAGUUCUUCCACAGAGUUCAGUUACUUAUACUGGUCACAUUGAGGAUGUUCUCACAGGCAGGACUUCUCUACAUGAGUCAGUAACUUUAUUCAGGGUGUUUUCAGACAGACACGGGUCUGGCACUGGUUCCAAUCUGGAGACUCAGAACCUUGGUGCUUUCUGGCGAACCAGCCCGUGUUCACACCAGUUUAAGCAGAACCAAAGUGGGAGGACAUGAUGGACAUGUAUUAUCACGUCCUGCUCCACUUUUGCCCAAGUCUUUCAUGCAGUCUCGGUAUUCCUUCUUCAGUUUCUUGAGUAAAUCAAUAUUUGGUCUGGUGUUCAGGUGAACCCAGCAUUUGCCAUCUCUUCCGCAAGUUCACCAUAUAGUGUGCUCUUCCUGGUACUACUCUCCAGCUUCACCUGGAAUUCUGUCAAUGUCCAGAUCACAACCAAACAUUUUGUCUCUCCAGCAGGCCACUUUUUCUUUUUUUUUCUGCUCAUUUUUACAACCUAGAAUGUGAUACGCCCACUGAUGAUGUCAUGGUUCCCAAGAAAGAACCAACUAUUUUUGGUUCCAGCUGAGAACCAACUUUUCAGGUUCAGAACCAAUUUUUUCCCAGUUUGAAUGCACCAGCCAGUUCAAAUUUGGGUUCAGGAACCAGAACCGGCACGGAGCCCUGCCAGUCUGAAAGGCCUGUCAGUGCAAAAGUGUCUUGCACCCUAAGGCAUUCUGGAAAAACUGCAGAUUAGGGGAUUACUGUCAAAUAAUUUGAAACAGUGACAGAAAUACUUAGAAUAAUUAACUACUAAUUACUAAAAAAUACAAAUAUAUUCAAUCAGCUCAGAAAAAUAGAGUUGAAAUAUCUAUUUCAGAUUUUUAAUUUAACACAACUCAUUUUUUAACAACCUUUCUACUGUUUGGUCUUACAGUGAGAACAACCACAAUUAACUGACAAGAGCAACUCUUGCUUACUGUUUUCAUGUGACAGCAACUGAUGGAGAGCAGAAAAUGAAAUGUUUAGGAGCCUUGUAACCAGUAAAAAGCCUUCUUUACCUCUGGUACAGUAACGCUGGGUAAUUUUUGCUUGCUACACCUGCACAUUGUAAAUUUGGGGGCUGGAAAACUAUCCGGACAACAAAAGAUUAAGCAGCUGAAAUUUUAUGUUUGCCAGUUAGAAAAAGUACAUUUUUUCUUUCUUUUCCCUUCUGUCCAAGAGUUUGGAGGUUAAAUUCUGAUGAUCCAAAGCAGUAUAGUUUUUAAUUAAUUGAUGUACUGAUUGAUGACGUAGAAACACAAGGUGCAUCUGAGUCAAACUUUGCUGUUUGACGACUGUAUGUUCUCUUGAGCUAGCGCCACAUAUUAUGCAUGGAUCCAGCUAAAGCUUUUUGUGUAUCGUUGUAUAUCACACUUUAAAAAAAAUACAUUUCAUGUACAUUUUUAUAUCUUAACAUUUAUAUUUAGAGAUAAAAAUAUAUUCUUUGCAAUGGAUUUUACAGACAUGGAUUACCACUUGUUAAUUUACAAUUGACAAUUAGCUCUUAUUUCCCCAUUUUUUCUUGUCUAAAAUCUGUUAUCAUUAAAGGGGCUCUAUGUAAGAUUUUUGCUUUAAAACUUCCCACUUUUGAGUAUAUAGUGGUGCGCACUUUAUCCCGAUGUGAAGAAUGAGGCUCUUUAUGUCUUCCUUGUUUGCCUGUAUAAGCCUGUGGAGUAGUUUCUCUGUGAGGAACUCGGGCCGAAUUUUCUGCGAAAUCUCAACAAAAGUGACGUCGGGUACUACGUAAUGCGUGCACCCCGUUGCUCUGUUUAUACCUGACAACGGCAUGUUGAAUGGAGAAGGCUGCUUCCGCGAGUAAACGACCGGCUAGCUCAGCCCAAACACCCACACAAACUCCCCGAAAACAUAAAAAACGAAGAUAGUUUUAUCUGCUGAAUCCCGUCAAGCUAAAAGAGAGUGUAACCGACACGGGGGAAAUGGAGGAUAAAUAUCGAUGGAUCAUUUGAGAAAUAGAGGGAGCUACGCUCGACGCUCGGAAUAAAUACCGAUCCAGAGAUGGCCGUCUUUCUGUGGAAAAGGUAAAGCAUCACUCUGGACCAUGAAAUACAAUGUAGUGUUUUAUGUUGUAUAAACCAUACGCUACAUCACGUUAGCUUGCUUACAA